UUACACAGUGCUGACGUGGCACAUCCGGUGGUGUCCGGUCAGCCUGUUCUCCGAGCAAAGGUAGAGCAAUAAAAACCCACCCACUGAAUGUAAGUAGGUGCUUGGCUAGAAGACCUUUAAGCAGCCCCUUUCUCGAUCCGAUCUGCUAGGGUUUCCUUUCUCGUUUCCAUUUCCCAAGUCCAUCAAGGAAGGGGCUUUAUUCGUCCCAGUGUCAGAAGAUGAAGAAGACGAACCGGCGCUCAAAGCAGCUGAUCGAUGCGUCCCACGCCGAUGCUGACAUGAAAGAUUGCUCGAGCAGAGUUCGCGAGCUGGAACAAGAAAACAAGGCCUUUCAGAAGGAGAUUGAAGAACUAAAGUACAGGCUAUCAAAUGUUUCAUCCACUCCCACUUAUAGCGCUGAAAAGGUUAAAGAAGAUUAUCUCAAAAAGCUGAUUGUCCUUGAAGAUCAGGUUGAGGAAUUAAAAAGAAAGCUAGAUGCUAAGUCUCAACUCUCAAUACAAAGACCAAAAGGUGACAAAGCAACAGAACAGUUACAUCUCGAGAUUCAGAGUUUAAAAGCUCAGAAGGUUCAACUGCAAUGUAAAGUCAAGAUAGACUCUCUGCAGUUCAGGUUAAGCAAGGCUUCAAUGGAAAAAGAAAUCCUUCAGCUCAAGAAAGAGGGUAGGAGGAAUCAAUUUGAGAUGCAUAAACUACAAGAUUCUAACCAGAGACUAAAGAUGGUUUUGCAACGAAAGACUAUAGAAGCUUUUGUGGCAACAAAGCGGUUAAGAGAGCUUUUAGAAUCUCGAAAGGAUUUGUUGCAAAAGACUGCUGGUGCCAGAAAUGGGAAUAAACCAGCAACUCAGGGCAUGGAGCAUGAGCUUGAAGUAACAACACAGAUACAUGAACUAUGUUCGGAAUAUGAAAGUCAAAUGGAAGUAAUGGCUGAGGAGAUUGCUAAGCUUAAGGAAGAAGUGGAUAUGCUGAAGCAAGAACAGUCUAGAUGCAUAUUGCAGGAAAAAGAAGCUGACUCCUUGGGGGAGAAUCUAGACAUAAAAGAGCUGAAGGAACAUUUAGUUUGUCUAGGCAGUUUGCUUGGGCAGUUAAGAGUGCAAAAGUCUAAACUUGAUCAAGGAAACAAGUCACAGGAUGUUUCGAGUAAACUCUCAUUUUGUGUCACAAGUGGUAAUCGGUUAAUAGAGGGUGCAAAUACAACCGAAUCAGAACCUUCUGAACAAAGUAAUGUUGUUAGGAACAAACUUGGAUCAGGUGUAUGCUGCUCAUGUAGCAAGAAGUCUUUGUGCAAAACAACAAAAUGCAGAUGUCGCCACAGGGGUGGCAGCUGUGGGACAUCAUGUGGUUGUGCAGCCUCUAAGUGCAGCAACAGAGAAGCAGUGCUGAUCCAUUUGAAUGACUCACCAGAAUCACAGAUUGCUGAAAGCAAAGCUAAUUCUCUAAAGAUUAUUGAAACAGAGAAGAUCGCCACAGAUGCUUCUCAAGGUGCAAUGCUACUUCAGAGUGCUCUAGUUGAUAAACCCGUUGAGAAGAAUGUCAAUCAUGAGCCAAGCAAGAAACCUUUAUCUAACAUUGGUAACAUAUUGGCCAAUCCAAAUGGUGUAAGACCUGAGGGGAGAAAGAAAAGGCAGAAGCCAGUAAUUCAGCUUGUUACUGUGGAUGCACCUUCCUCGCUUGCAGAGAACGUCAAAGCCACAAAAGAAGCAAAGUGAAGUGCAAGCAGAUCUUCCUUUGAAGUUACCAAGUAUUUUGAAAUCAGGCUGUCUCAAAUAGCAGUAGAUUGAACGGAAAUUCUGGUCUGCCACAUUAAUUUCUUUGCUACUAAUGUGUUAUAUGAUCCUGCAUCAAGAAUUCUAAUCCUGCUGACUAGGUGCUAAUGCGACAGAGCUAUAUUCUUUAGCAUGGUAUUCAUGAGUUUGGUCCCUGUUGGAAAAAUUGACCUAUACUGAAAAUUUGGACAUGUAAUUUGCCGUAGUAACAGUUUGUUACAGUAUGUGAUUACUGAAGAGGGAGGCUUCUACGAGAAAUGGUUUUUCAGGUUUUGGAUAGAGUUGGUUUUUCAGAUUGUUAUGGUAAAUCACUUGUAUAAUUGCAGUUUGACAACCAAACAAUAAAUUUUCGUUCUACU